AUGAAUCUCUUCCCAACGCCAACUGUAAAUGACAAUGAGACUCGUUACUGCUUCUUCCUGCCUGCUGCUAAUGCAAGUCCGACGUCCGACGAGUGUCUUCAGGAAGCAGAGAAUCGAUGCCGUGCGUUCCAGUCCUAUGCAGCACAACAGACGGAGGGAUUUCUAUGGCACAAACAUUCCUUUCAUCUGCAAGUGCAUCGAACCAGAGAUGGGCGUUAUAUUCUGUCUGGAUCGUCAGCUGUCGGCGAUGCGAUUCAAGACGAGUGGGUCGUGGCUAAAUUGGUGUUUGACAUCACCAAUGAGUUCCCAGGUGUCGUGGGACGUAUCGUGGACUCAGAUGGAGAGUUUUUGCUUAUUGAAAGUGCCGAAGCGCUGCCAGAUUGGGUCACACCGGAAACCUGCGAUCGUCGGGUAUUCGUGCUGAAUGGAAAGCUUCACAUUGCACCUCCUGCUCCUGCCAUCCGGAUCAGAAAAGAGAGGGAUUUGUUUGACGACGAUGCAUUAGAGCAAGUGCUGGACACCAGCUUGAACACGGAGGCCAGUACUGCGGUGCAGCAACUCAUUCAGUGUAAAUUGGACGAAAUACCGACCUACAUGCGUGAAAAUCGUCAAGCAGUGCACUGUUUAUUACCGGAGAGAGCUGCCCGAGUGCUUCUAGUGAAUAGAGAAUUGGUGGGCCCAGCAGUUGAAGCGUUUUACUAUCGAGAACCAAAGCAGACGGGCCUCGUAUGUGGCAAGAUGGCAACGUUCAUGCCGGAAGGGGAUGAAGUAGUGGAGCAGAGAGUCACAUUCUCGCGAGCGAUGUUUGCUCAGCUCAAGUAUCAGGAAUUCUUUCCACCAAAAGUGUUUCUUCGUCGCGAUGCACGUUAUCGUGUAAAGGAGAAGAGUGCAAAGGGCGUAGAAGAUGCUGACCGUGAUGCGCAAGCAGGAGAUCUUGGCGUUAAACUUGCCUGUGGUCUGGAAUUGCUCUAUGUUGGUAACGGUGAAGACCAGCUGGGCCGACAUUGGAAGCAGAUAAUCGAGGAAUCGCUGCAGCAAACUGACGUUAAGGUGCCAAUACAACCAAUCUCUGAGCCAGACGAUGACGAUUCGUGGCUGUACAUGCACCCCGACACGCUGGAAAGUCAACUGCAGCGUGCUGCUAAAGCUAAAGACCCUUCUGUUCCUGGUGGCGCCGACGACUUACAGCACAUGGCCGCUAUGUUUGGCAAUUUCGUCGAUGGUGUUUCGGGUGUUGGUGGCGUGGAAGGACCACAACCUGUUCAAUUCGAUGUGAGCUCCUUUAUGGACAUUCUAGGUGGCCACAAAGCUAAUGGUAAGGAUGAUGCAGGUUUGGAUGCACCCUGGGGAGAGCACUUUAUGGACGAGGAUGAGUCCAGUCAAAGUGACAGUAAUGAUGGAUCGGUUGGAGGAGGGAGCGACAUUGAUGGCGAUUUGGCCUUCGAAAUGAGUGAAAUGGAAAUGGCGCUUAAAGGAACCAAGGCUGCAAAAAGCUUUCGCUGUUCGGGCGACGCAGAGAAUGAUCAAGGAGACGUUGAGUUUUCCGCACGAGGAAGUGAGUCGCUCAAGCCGCUGGACCUGGAUUACAAUUUGCUGUCCAACUUGCUUGAGUCAUUCGCAUCUCAAGAGGGUCAUCCUGGACCCGUCAGCACUAUCCUAAACGAAAUGGGAUUUUCCAAGACAUCACUAUGA